AUGCCGCCAACUCCAGCACCAGCAACAUUAUGGCUCGUUCUUCCCAGCACCACCGUUUCCACCGUCUCCACGCCAAACACUGCCAACUUCCACCCCCAGCCAUUUGCAACAGCCCCCAACAACAAUGAGGCUACCAAUGCCAAUGUCAAAACCGGUGUGGGUGGCACGAACGUGAACGCGCUAGGAACAAGGCUGGGCAAGAAGGUACCCGCGGGUAAACCUCAUACGGGUGUGGGUAUGGGUUUUUGCCGGGUACGGGUGCGGGUAUGGGCUCUGGUACCCGGGGGUUUACCCGUGCGGAUCCCUAAACUGGCGCUGCUGCAAUUGGAAUAUCUCGUAAAGACCUAUGGAGAAGAUUCCAUCUCAAUGAUCGUCGAUGAAGGAGGGUACUCGGACGUUCGCGUGGACGUUCUCACACCUGGAGGACACUCGAGCAGACCCCCCAAACAUACUGGCAUUGGUAUCCUCGCCAGCGUUGUCACCGAGCUGGAGGCGAGCCCUCUCAGCACCUGA